AUGCCUGUGAGGGUGGCGGAGAGCUCUGCGCCGUCGCUGGCUCCAGGUUAGGGUUUCUUAGUUAUGAAUACGAGCUUAUGCUUGGUGGAUGCGUACCUGAUCGCGGGUAUCCACGAGGAGCGCUGCUAUGAUGCUGACCUUGAGACGAAACCAGUCCAGCCUGAAACGUGUUUCCGGCUUCAUGUCGAGUGCUUAUCGUGAUUAUUGUCGGACUUUUGUGCUGUGUCAGAGUAACCGUCGUGUUCCCAAGUUGAAAGGCGAUCUGAACUCUAGUGAUGGCCGACUCUGCGCGAUUUUCUUGACACCCUGAACCUUUUUCUAGUCUUGGAUGUUCGAGACGCUCGUAUUCUCUAGUUCCUUUUACUUCUUCUGGUUAAUUAGGGAUUCUACUCCGAACGUUAUCGUCAACGUCACAGCUUUGAUUAUGCGAAAGGCAUUUCGACAUUUACUUUUAAGUAGUGGAUCACAUCAUCCUUCCCAAGAAAAUUAGGCAUGAAGCUUCCGUCUAUUUCAAUAUGGUGACUUAAAUUUUACAGGAAAUAAAAAUUGUUAAGUAAUCAUCUUGUUUCAUUUCUUCUUUUACGUUGGCAGGAAGUGACCGCAUCUCAUUUUAUCCUGAAAUAAAUAUCACUGAUUGUGCUGAUCUUCACAAUAUUUCUCUUUCCUUUUAUUUUUCUUCUUCCUGUUGAAAAACUGCUUCCCAAGCCUGAUGGCUGACAAAUGGUUGGCAUGGAGAGGUCGAAUUCGAGAACGUGCAAUAGUCUAUUCGUAUCAUGUGAACUAUGGAGUUUUGCUUCAUCUUUUUUAAUUAUAAAUUCGUUCUAAUCCAAUCAUUUUCUCCAGGACAAGAUGCAAAUCCUGAACAUUCUCUUCUUCCAGCUUGUACCCUUCUGAGUGCCGGACAGGUGACUUUGACAUUACGUAGUGCAUCAUGAACGAUUGGACUUUUCAAUGUCCGGGUCCUUUUUUGACUUUAGUGUGGUAGGCAGUUCGUGUGUUGUAAUGUUUUAUGGCGAUGAUGAACUGUGGUACAUUUUAUUUUACUUAUAAUCUUUGAAAGCGUAUUUGUUGUUCAUAUCAAUCUGAUUAACCGUCAGACUGAACAGUCACCCUUGCUAAUUUGCUUCUUUUAAAAAAUAAAAAAAAUGUCUUGAAGAGGCACUUUUGCCUUGUCCUUCGGCUCUACUGCAUCUAUCCGCUAAGGAUUUAAGAGACAUAGGGUAACUUUGCUUACCCUACAACUGUCUUUCCAAGAAGUAGAAUCAUGCCACACGACAUGUGUGGUGCAUGCGUGUGUAAGUUUCAUGGUUAUAUGAAGAUAGAGUUCUCAAAUACUGUUGCCUUCCUUUGUUGUGUCCUUUUGGACAGCUGGACUCUGUCUUCUCCGCGCAUUUAUGGGUAUAUAUUCUCUUGGUUCAACGUUUCGAUUUCCUGCACAAAUCUCCCAAAACCAAACCCCAAGCUUGGGGUCUUGAGCUCCAUUUACUGGCACAUCUCCUUUUCUUCUCAUUUAACUAAUCUUUCGUGCUUGAUUCUCUUUUGAUAAUUCUUUCUUACCUUGUAUUUGUUUAUAUUAUACCUGAGGCAUUUGCUAAAAGGUUCUUUAAAAGGGCAUAUUAUUGCAUUAGCCAUGCUUGUUUUCAAAUGGCAUGCCGUAUGACAUCAUACAUGCAAUCUGUAUUCCUAAGAAUAAUACAGCGCUCCUUCUUAAGGAUAUGUGAGGGCAGGUUCUCCGGAAUUUUGUAGUCUCAGAACUCUUUUACCCUUAAAUGAGGUAUAAUUAGUUCCAAAUCCAAAACAAGAAUGUGGUUUCUCUUUAAGCAAGGAUGAAAGAAUGCAUUCUGAAUUCGGUAUUCUUCUGAAGAAUGGUGAUCUGUAUUCUCUCAGACAUUGUUCUUCUAAUUAUAGCAAAACAUGCUGGCGUUGGUGCAAUAUUCAUGCAAACUGGCAUUUUAAAGAAAUUUUCUCUUGUUGAAGUGGUGAUCAUUUUCUUGUCAUUUUGCUAUGAAGCGAAGCUUCUGAAAAAAAUCUUGGUCUUCGAGUAUCACCUGCAUUGUGCUUGAUUUUUCUCCCAUCUCUGCAUACACUACGGUUUACGCCUUCGUAGAUAUUUUGGCCCCCUCUCCCCCCGGGGCUCAGUUUUUCUACACAGACUUUCCUCUCUCAACCUUAUUCUAAUGGUUCAAAUUAAUGGCUCAGACUUUUGCUGGAACUCAGAACGUCUCCAACAGCCAAAAGGAUGAAGCAUGGAAGGUUAAUGUCCGAGUCCAUGGUUUCGAUCCUGACCAUGGCUAUCUUUGCGGCAUCAUGGAAGCACUGAACGUUCCUUACGCGGAGACACCUGUAAGCUGACUUUCUUGCAUGAUCUCCGUGGAGGGGAGCUCUGUGGACAAUCAUGGAGGUAUGUUUCAGCACUCCAUCCUGAUGAGCUACACAAAUCUGUCUGCUGGUAUAAUUCUCAGGUGGUCACUUUCUGGGAAGGAGAAAUUAUUGACGGCAAGAACUUUACUUUCUACACUGGCAAGUGGGAAGCAACGUGAGUGUAAUUUUCCUUCUCCCAUGGUUUUCUCUCUCUCUCUCUCUCUCUGGCUCUCCUUUCCAUUUUUGGGUACGAUUUUCUUACUACCAAAGAGGGAUGAACGUUUUUCACCUGCGCGUGAGGUAGAUGUGGAAUUGACUGCUCUCCCUCCAUAAGAGAAGGGUAUUCCUUCAUUGAUGUCAGGGUUUUAAUGCAUUUGAACAGGCCCGAGGAUGAUGUGAGGCACUGGUCCAAGUUCCCAUCCUUCUCUCCGCUUUUGGUAACUGCUCUGAAAAUCUCCUCCCGCUUCCACCGGACCCGGUAUCUUAUUUUCAAGAAAAUUUUCUUCCUCUAAUGCUUCAGAGCCAGGUGGAGGCCGACGGCGGUAAAUCCCUGAACCUGAGACACUACCCGUACAUCUUUAUGGUGGGUUCUUCUUCGCCGGCUUCGGUUUCGUCGCCCUUCUUCCAUUUCUUCAGAGAAGCUUCACCCCGAGUGAUCCCUCUUUGCAGAGAUGGAAGGAGCAGUAUUUCGUCAACGUCAGCGUAGACUGCGGGCUGACCAUCGCCGGAUUCUACUACGUCUGCUUCUCCUGCAUCGAUGGAUCCAUUAAUGGCUUCUACUACGACCCAAACAGCAGGUAAAAUACGCCUGGAAAGAAACCCAUCCAUCCCCCGCCAUAUCCAUGCUGGUGGAGUAAUGCUGGCUAUCUAUCCUCUCUCUCCCUUCCUGCCCCCACAACCAUGCAGCCCUUAUCAGAAGCUGGAGUUGAAGUCCACCAACGAGGGCCGGUCGGGUUUCAGCUUCUCCUCAUACCAGCUGCAGUGA